UCUGCAGAAAAUAUUUUCCCUUACGUCUCAAAUAUCAAAUAUACUUUUAUUACAGUUUAUUUGAACUUGAUAUUAUUCGCAAAGUGUUGAAAUACAGUUUCAAUUACUUUGAAGUCAAACUUUGGCCCUUCGUGUGUCGUUUCUCGUGUUUCUACUUCACAAUUCUGUAUCCUCGAGGUUUCGCGGGUUGGGAAAAUGGUGAUAGACCAAGUUCACGGCCUCCAGGCCACGUGUAUGAGUCUAAACGAACGGUUCAGCUUGUUCGCGGCGGCACCGGCACCGGCGCGGCCUCGCACGCCGCGGCGGAGGCCUUCCACCGGCGGCUUCUAUAGUGAUAACAUGAACAGGAACCUGAUUGAACAGAUCGCCCGCCGUUUGGAGCAACAGGCUAAACGGCAAACCCUCCGUCAGAGGCUCGGUUUCGGCGCUGGGGCCCUGCGGCGGUUUGGCAGUGAGAGUAGCUUGCCGGGGCUCCGGCGCUCCAACAGCUUUGGUGACCUGAGCCAGCGAGGAGUCAAGAGCAGGAUUUCUUGGAGACAGUCCAAUGGAAACCUCAAUCGCUCGGCGUCGUUCGGAAACCUGUCCCGCGGAGUGUGGCGCGACCGCGGCUCGCGCGGGCUGCGCCGGCGCGUCGGCAAUCGGGUGCUGCGCGGGCGGCUCAGAGGCGGUAUGAACUUUGGUCGCUUGAAUCGCAUCGGAAGUAGACCGCUGCGCGGCCGCGGGGUGGGACGGGGCGGGCGGGGCGCGCGGCGCGGCGGGGGCCGGGGAGGGGGAGCGGGCUUCACGCGCGGCGCGGCGCGGGGACGCGGACGAGGUGGCAUAUCCCGGCAGACGCCCAAGCCCGUGCCCACGAGGGAGGAGCUGGACCUGCAGCUAGACCAGUACAUGGCCGGCACUAAGUCCGCCCUCGACAAGGAGCUCGACUCCUACAUGAAGAACGCCAUGGAGCUAGAGUGAAGUGACAGUGAAAACAAUAGAUUACAAUUACUUAUCCACUAGGA